AUGUGUAUGAGGAAAUGGGGUAUUGAGAGAUUUUUACAAGAAGGGGCCUCUUUGACAGCUAUGAGAACACAAUACGUGUCCUCGCCCCCAUUCUGGAAGUUUGUUUCCUUCGCAGCUCGUCACCAAGCCGAAGAGCAGGCGCCUGUGACGUCACAGAGCGGUGAUUCAUUUGCUUCUCAACGUAAAACAUUUCCUCAUCGCUAG